AAAAAUACGGGGAAAUUUACAUUUUGGCAUUUUCUUUUUUAUUUCUUCUUUUCUCUGCAUCAUCUACACAUGACAGCUGUUUUUUUCUACUUGCUUUUAGUGCAUUCUAUUUGAUACCCAAGAACCAUACCACGAAAGUUUGAUUCCGAAAGAAAUUUUCCGCCGCAAACAAGAUUCUAUGGAAAUAAAUUAGAGAAAAAUAAAUAAAAAAACAGAUAUAAACAAAUAACUAAACAAUUGUUAACAUAAAUAAAACCAAUUAAGUUUCUAAACAUUGGCAAUUGUUUUACACAAACUAUAUAUAUCCUGAUUUUAUGAAUCUCGCAUUUAGUUGUGUGUUAAAAAAGCGAAAAUCCUUGUGUAGUGUGCGUGCGUGUGUGUGUUUUGUAAGAAAAUUUUGUGAAUCGUUUAAAUAUUUGUAAUGCGUAAGACGCGAUCUCAAACCCAUGCAGAAAACGCGUUACUGUCUGGCAGCGCCACGAGCAGUUCGCGUUCUGGUGUUGUAUCUUCAUCGACCACCACCACCGCCACAAAUCAUCACCAGCAACACCAAUUGAAUUCCGGCAACUCACAAAAGAGGAGCAAUCAACAAUCAUCAGCAGCUACCCCCAAUUUUGCUGAUGCGCCCAGGCUUAAGGAAUGUGAGGAAAUGGUAAGUCUUCUUCGUGUGGUUGAACUACAAAAGAUACUUGUUUACUUGAACAUUUCCUUUGCUGGACGUAAAAUUGAUUAUCAAAGAAGAAUUUUACAAUUGUUGCGAACUAAUUUCGAAUUAAUUGCACCAAAGAUACGAGAAGUCUACACACAAUCCAUUGUUGAUCAACAAGCCAAUCAAUACGGUCCAACAGAACCGAAAAGAAUGUAUUCACAAAUGCAAAUGCAACCGAAUGCCGGUGGUAUGGUGGGUGCCAAUACUGCGGCUCAAAUGGGACAGGCACAACAAAUCUUAAAUCCGGCCAAUCAGGCUGGUAUGCAAGCUGGUGUACCGCCUGGUAAUAAUGUAGUACCAUUCCUACAUACUAUACCCACUCAAAUGCCCAUUCAUCCUGAUGUACGUUUGAGAAAAUUAGCAUUUUAUGAUGUGCUGGGCACUUUGAUUAAACCAUCAUCAUUAGUGCCACGUAAUGCUCAGCGCAUACAGGAAGUACCAUUUUAUUUCACAUUAACACCACAACAAGCUACGGAAAUAGCAUCAAAUCGUGACAUACGCAAUAGUUCGAAAAUCGAACAUGCUAUACAAGUUCAGUUGAGAUUUUGUCUAUUAGAGACUUCAUGCGAUCAAGAGGAUUGUUUUCCACCAAGUGUCAGUGUUAAAGUUAAUAAUAAAUUAUGUCAACUGCCAAAUGUCAUUCCAACAAAUCGUCCCAAUGUGGAACCAAAACGACCACCCCGACCAGUAAAUGUUACAUCAAAUGUUAAACUAUCACCCACAGUAACUAAUACAAUAACUGUACAAUGGUGUCCAGACUAUACACGAGGCUAUUGUAUUGCUGUUUAUUUAGUUAAGAAAUUAACAUCUGCUCAACUAUUGCAAAGAAUGAAACAGAAGGGUGUUAAGCCAGCUGAUUAUACUAGAGCUUUAAUCAAAGAAAAGUUAACCGAAGAUGCUGACUGUGAAAUAGCUACGACUAUGUUAAAGGUAUCGUUAAAUUGUCCUUUGGGUAAAAUGAAAAUGUCCAUACCAUGUCGUGCUUCAACAUGUUCACAUUUGCAAUGUUUUGAUGCUAGCCUUUACCUGCAAAUGAACGAACGUAAACCCACAUGGAAUUGUCCAGUUUGUGAUAAACCUGCUGUUUAUGAUAAUCUGGUGAUUGAUGGCUACUUCCAAGAAGUAUUAGCCUCGAAUUUACUUAAACCAGAUGAUACUGAAAUACAAUUGCACAAAGACGGCUCAUGGAGCACUCAUAGCUUAAGGAAUGAAGGUCAAAUUUUAGAUACCCCUACUAAGCCAGUUGAAAAAGUCGAAGUUAUUUCAGAUGAUAUAGAACUCAUUACCACAGAAGAUGUUAAACCAGUUAAGGCAGUAGCUUCUGCAUCGCUGAAUACAAAUGAACAACCUUCAUCAACUACAAAUAGUGAAACUGUGGACUUGACACUCAGUGAUUCUGAUGAUGAUUUACCUUUGGCGAAACGUCGUCCUAUCGCUAAACAGAAUACCAAUCAAGGAGCACCCUCCUCGACUAUGAACGGCAAUGGAGGUGGAGCUGCUAAUCAAAGAGGCAUGUAUAUGCAACAAAAGAAUGAGGGCGCUUUAAACACGGAUUUAAUACAGGAUCAAAUUUUAAUGGAUUUACGUCAAAAUAACUCAUCAUCUACUAAAAACUCCUCCUCCUCUACGGCAGUCUGCUCAACGCCUACGUCAUCCUCAUCGGGUACUAUAUCAGCAGUAGCAGCCACACGUUUAUCUCAUAAUAUUGUUGUUACCUCAUCCAAUUCAAUGAUCACCAGCAAUAACAAUAAUAAUAAUAACAAUAACACUUCUAAUGAUAAUAUUGAUAUGUAAAAUACUAUUUAUUGCUACCAAACUACACAGGUCAACAAAAUUUUUAAUCCAGAGAUUAAAGUAGGAUUUUCUAAAGAAUUGAGCUCAAUUGUAGCUAAAUUCAGAAUUUCUGCAUUACAUCAAACUUUAAAGAAAAUGUCUUUCUGAAAUCGAAAAACGUUAUCAUAACGCAAAGACAUGAUAACGUUAAGAAUGAAGACGAUAUAAUUUCCUUUGUUAUAUCUUCUUCACUCUUAAUGAUAUCCUAAUCUUAAGAUUAAAAAAAACUCUAAUAGAAAAAACCCCAACUUUCGAUUACUAAGACAUGUUUAUUUAUAAAGUUUGCCCUAAAGGUCCAAUGACACAACUUUAAACUAAGAGUUUUAAAUCUAUUUAGCCGGAUGUCCACACAACGUGUCUUCGCCUCUUCAUCUCUCUCGCGGUAAGGAGUUUCUCGUACUCGGAAACUUGUUUUGUUAGACUUGAUUCAUACUAGGAAACUUUUUUUGAGAAACUUUGGAUAUUUGUGUGUAGGAGAAAGAAAGAAAUAUCAACCAGCUCAACAAAAGUUUCCCAGUGUGAACCACAAAUGCAGUCAGAAACUACAAAUGAGAAGAAAAACAAAACAAGUUUCCGAGUACGGGAAACUCUGUACCGUGAAAGAUAUGAAUUAUAUUCUUUCUCUUUCUCACGCAAAAUUAAAAGUUUCCCAAAAAAAGUUUCAUAGUGUGGACCGGCACUUAGACCUGGUUCACACAGGGAAACUUUUGUUGAGAAACUUUUGAUUUUGCGUGUGAUGAAAAGAGAUGGUUGAUAUUUCUUUCUCUUUCUUUCACACACAAAAAUCAAAAGUUUUCCAAAAAAAGUUUCCUGGUGUGAACCAAUUCUAAGCAUUCUACGCGUUUAUACUUGUAACUUUCAGCAUACAAAUACAUUAAUUCUACUUUUUUUGACAGGCGCAUAGAAUGUCAGAAAGCUCAGAACGCGUAUUGUUGACCUCCAGCUGAAAGUAAAUCUACUUUAUUCUACGCGUCAAAGCAUUAUACGCUUUUGUACUUUUAGCAUACAAAUACAUGGAUUCUACUUUUUUGACAAACGUGUAGAAAGUGAGAAAGCGUAGAAGCAUGUUGUUGACCUCCAGCUAAAAGUAAAUCUACUUUAGCUAUUCUGCGCGUCAAGGCAUUCUACGCUUUUGUACUUUUAGCUUUCAGCAUAAAAAUACAUUGAUUCUACUUUGUUAACAUACAAGUAGGAAUCGAGAAAGCGUCGAACGCUUUGAGUACUUUAAGUAUUAUACGCAUCAAGGAGAAAGUGUAGAACGCGUGUUGUGGACCUUCAGCUGAAAGUAAAUUCUACACUUCAAAGCAUUCUGCGCUUUUGUUGUACCUAUAACUUUCAUUGAUUAUACUUUUUUGACAGACGCGUAGAAUGCGAGAAAGCGUAGACGUUGACCUCCAGCUUUAUAUCUUCUAACUUCAAAGAUAUCUAAUAGUUGAAACUACUUAAAAAUCGAUGUAAUAAAGAAAUUCUGAAAUCAUAUUCGUUAUCAUUGCUGUUUUAUAUUUAGAAAUGUAUAUACUAUUGUUUCCUAAGCGGUUUCGACUUUUUUUUUGGGAAAUUUUGUUGACCUGUGUUUUUUUUUGUGUAUUUUUUUCAGAACAGAACAGAAUCUUAUUAUUAUCUUUUCACUCUUAGUUUUGUAUUCUUAAUUUUGUAUGUAUGUUUUCUGUUUGCCAAAUUUGUGUUAUGUUGUAGAUUUUUGGUUAUACUCAGUUUUUCUUAAUUAUACUCGGGGAACAAUUUUCACAAUCAAACAUAAUUUCACUAAACAAACAGUUAUUUGAAAGAAUUUUCUUAAGAUUUCGUCAGAAAAUGCGGAGAAUCUUAAAAAGGUAUAAAAUGGAACUUUAUAAAUGUAAAGGAAAAAAUAUAAACAUUUUUGAAUCCAAAUGAACACUAUUUGCUUGUUCAGAGUGUUGUUUUGUGGCGAUCCUUUGAUUUUACAAACAAUGAGAAAAAGGUACUAGUUUUUAUGAUCCUGUACUUUUAAUACACCAUAAUUUUAUGUUUAUUUAGUUUUAGAUAAAGCUAUGCUUGAAAAACUUCAUCUAUAUCUAUAUUUAUAAAAUAAUGGUUUAAUCUCUGUAUUGUAUUCUUCCUUCUUUAAUAUAUUUCUGGGUUUAGACUUUUUAUUGGUUCAAAAUAUUAACAUGAUCCAGCAAAAUUCAUAAUUUAAGCCGAGAUCUAAAUUAAUUGAAAAUUAUAUGUUAAUUUUGAUGUAUUGUGUACUAGCUUGUCUAUGGACUGGACUAUUGGCCGGUCUCAGGAAAAGUCUAAGGGAGCUGAUGUGUAAAUAUAGUAAAAAUAUGAUUGAUAUGAUUGUGAAAAUCGACCCCUUUUGAUGCUUAAACCAGGCAUGGAAAAUUUAAUUACUUUUUUCUGUGUUUUUUGAUGGCGAUAAAUACCGGAGUACCUCACGAGGUUUUUCGUGCUUUUUCUAACUUAUAAAUUUUUGAUAAGUAAUCCAUUUAAUAGUCUAGUCUAUAGUCUAUUCUAUAGUCUAGUCCAUAGUCCAGCCUAUAGUCUAUUCUAUAAUCUAGUCUAUAG